AGACGCCCCGCGCUUCCCUGCCAACCCUGCGGCUCCCUCUGUGACCCGGGAUCAGCCCCGCGCCCGCUGCCCGUAGGCGGCUCGCGGCUUCCCCUUUCCUCGGCGUUCCCCGAGCGCCGCGAAGUGACCCACCCUCCCCCGAGGAGAGGGAAGGAGGAUCGCUCCGGGAGCAUCGAAACCGAGGGCGGGCGGGCGAGCGGGCACCGCGCGGGGCAUUGUGUGUGUGUGUGUGUGUGUGUGUGUGUGUGUGAGCAGCGCUGUGUCUGUUUCGGAAAGCGCUCUGGGGAGGUCUUGUCCCUAGGGGGCGGAGCGCAAAGGACAGAGGCUCCGGCACCGAGUCGGGGCAGAGUCCUGCUGAGUCCGAGCGCUGCUGAGGCAGCUGGCGAGACUGCACGUCUGGAGGCGAGGCGGGCGCACUGAAAGGAGGCCGGCGCGCCUGCGGCCCCGGCUCGCGUUCUGUUCAGGUUCGUGGGCCUGCAAAGGAGAGACUCGAACUCGUGGAAGCUGCGCACCGUGGAGCCUGUCUGCCCAGUCCGUCCGGGGUGCGCGACCAGGAAAGCUAGGUUCUCGCCGCUGCGCGCUCGACAGGCGUCGGCUGUGUCGGGAACGCGCCCGCCGCCCCUCAGCUGCCCGGCCGGGAGCCCGAGAAGCGCGCACCAUGAGCGGUGGUGAAGUGGUCUGCUCCGGAUGGCUCCGCAAGUCUCCCCCGGAGAAAAAGUUGAAGCGUUAUGCAUGGAAGAGGAGAUGGUUCGUGUUACGCAGUGGCCGUUUAACUGGAGAUCCAGAUGUUUUGGAAUAUUACAAAAAUGAUCAUGCCAAGAAGCCUAUUCGUAUUAUUGAUUUAAAUUUAUGUCAACAAGUAGAUGCUGGAUUGACAUUUAACAAAAAAGAGUUUGAAAACAGCUACAUUUUUGAUAUCAACACUAUUGACCGGAUUUUCUACUUGGUAGCAGACAGCGAGGAGGAGAUGAAUAAGUGGGUUCGUUGUAUUUGUGACAUCUGUGGGUUUAAUCCAACAGAAGAAGAUCCUGUGAAGCCACCUGGCAGCUCCUUACAAGCACCAGCUGAUUUACCUUUAGCUAUAAAUACAGCACCACCAUCCACCCAGGCAGAUUCAUCCUCUGCUACUCUACCUCCUCCGUAUCAGCUAAUCAAUGUUCCACCACACCUGGAAACUCUUGGCAUUCAGGAGGAUCCUCAAGACUACCUGUUACUCAUCAACUGUCAAAGCAAGAAGCCCGAACCCACCAGAACGCACGCUGAUUCUGCAAAAUCCACCUCUUCUGAAACAGACUGCAAUGAUAACGUCCCUUCUCAUAAAAAUCCUGCUUCCUCCCAGAGCAAACAUGGAAUGAAUGGCUUUUUUCAGCAGCAAAUGAUAUAUGACUCUCCACCUUCACGUGCCCCAUCUGCUUCAGUUGACUCCAGCCUUUAUAACCUGCCCAGGAGUUAUUCCCAUGAUGUUUUACCAAAGAUGUCUCCAUCAAGUACUGAAGCAGAUGGAGAACUCUAUGUUUUUAAUACCCCAUCUGGGACAUCGAGUGUAGAGACUCAAAUGAGGCAUGUAUCUAUUAGUUAUGACAUUCCUCCAACACCUGGUAAUACUUAUCAGAUUCCACGAACAUUUCCAGAAGGAACCUUGGGACAGACAUCAAAGCUAGACACUAUUCCAGAUAUUCCUCCACCUCGGCCACCGAAACCACAUCCAGCUCAUGACCGAUCUCCUGUGGAAACGUGUAGUAUCCCACGCACCGCCUCAGACACUGACAGUAGUUACUGUAUCCCUACAGCAGGGAUGUCGCCUUCACGUAGUAAUACCAUUUCCACUGUGGAUUUAAACAAAUUGCGAAAAGAUGCUAGUUCUCAAGACUGCUAUGAUAUUCCACGAACAUUUCCAAGUGAUAGAUCUAGUUCACUUGAAGGCUUCCAUAACCACUUUAAAGUCAAAAAUGUGUUGACAGUGGGAAGUGUUUCAAGUGAAGAACUGGAUGAAAAUUACGUCCCAAUGAAUCCCAAUUCACCACCACGACAACAUUCCAGCAGUUUUACAGAACCAAUUCAGGAAGCAAAUUAUGUGCCAAUGACUCCAGGAACAUUUGAUUUUUCCUCAUUUGGAAUGCAAGUUCCUCCUCCUGCUCAUAUGGGCUUCAGGUCCAGCCCAAAAACCCCUCCCAGAAGGCCAGUUCCUGUUGCAGACUGUGAACCACCCCCCGUGGAUAGGAACCUCAAGCCAGACAGAAAAGUCAAGCCAGCACCUUUAGAAAUAAAACCUUUGCCAGAAUGGGAAGAAUUACAAGCCCCAGUUAGAUCUCCCAUCACUAGGAGUUUUGCUCGAGACUCUUCUAGGUUUCCCAUGUCCCCCCGACCAGAUUCAGUGCAUAGCACAACUUCAAGCAGUGACUCACACGACAGUGAAGAGAAUUAUGUUCCCAUGAACCCAAACCUGUCCAGUGAAGACCCAAAUCUCUUUGGCAGUAACAGUCUUGAUGGAGGAAGCAGCCCUAUGAUCAAGCCCAAAGGAGACAAACAGGUGGAAUACCUAGAUCUCGACUUAGAUUCUGGGAAAUCCACACCACCACGUAAGCAAAAGAGCAGUGGCUCAGGCAGCAGUGUGGCAGAUGAGAGAGUGGAUUAUGUUGUUGUUGACCAACAGAAGACCUUGGCUCUAAAGAGUACCCGGGAAGCCUGGACAGAUGGGAGACAGUCCACAGAAUCAGAAACGCCAACGAAGAGUGUGAAAUGAAAAUAUUGCCUUGCCAUUUCUGAACAAAAGAAAACUGAAUUGUAAAGAUAAAUCCCUUUUGAAGAAUGACUUGACACUUCUACUCUAGGUAGAUCCUCAAAUGAGUAGAGUUGGAGUCAAAGGACCUUUCUGACAUAAUCAAGCAAUUUAGACUUAAGUGGUGCUUUGUGGUAUCUGAACAAUUCAUAACAUGUAAAUAAUGUGGGAAAAUAGUAUUGUUUAGCUCCCAGAGAAACAUUUGCUCCAUAGUUAACACACUCGUAGUAUUACUGUAUUUAUGCACUUUUUCAUCUAAAACAUUGUUCUGGGUAUUCCCAAUGUACCUUACCAUAAUUCCUUUGGGAGUUCUUGUUUGUUGUCACACUACUUUAUAUAACAAUACUAAGUCAACUAAGCUACUUUUAGAUUUGGAAAUUGCUGUUUAAACUACAGUCUAACAACAUUAAAAUGAGAGGUAGAUUCACAAGUUAGCUUUUUACCUGAAGCUUCAGGUGAUAACCAUUAGCUUAUACUUGGACUCAUCAUUUGUUGCCUUCCAAAAUGAUGAGGAUAAUGUAUGUACUGGUGUCAGGACCUAGUUCUCUGGUUCAUGUACAUUUAGUUUUUAAUGGUGGAACUUUGUUAUAUUUUGUUAAUUACAGUGUUUUUGGUUCACUGAGUGAAGAUUCUGCCGGGUGGGAUCUUGCACCUUUGAAAGACUGAAUAAUUACACUACCAAGUAAGCCUGCAAAUCAUUGAUGGCAUGCAGUGAUGAUGUGCUCUUACACUUGUUAACAUGUAUUAAGUGUUAUUUGCAAAAGGUAGAUUAUGUAACCAAUCAGGUACGUACCAGGCAGUGAUGUGCUAAUACACUGAUCAGGUUUAGACAAUGAGCUUUGGUUGUGUUCUUGUUAGUCCUAAUAUUGGUUUUCAGUUUGGAAUGAAUAAAGCAGUUGACAUUCACUGUUAGUUACAGCAACAUACUGUGAUUUUUAAUUAGAUAGUAAUUCAGAUUUAUUACUCUAUGAAAUUCUGUCUUUUGACACCAUAGUGCCCUUUCUAUGAUUUUUUUACUUAAUAUUCUUCUUGGCCUUAUAUUUAAAUCCCUAUGCAAUUAAUAUUUUAUAUCUGCAUUAUUAAAAAAAAUAGAUGUUAUAUAAGUGAUUCUCAUAUGUAGCACCUGUUGCUUUUCCACUAAAAGAAUUACGGAUUUUGUACUGUGAUUUAUAUUCGCUGCCCCAAUUCAAGAAAUAUUGGAGCCUUACUACAAUGUGAAAUGUUACAGUCAUGGACUGCUUCCAACCAGAUUUCUGAAACCAUCAGCGGGAUGGUGUAAUUCUGUCUCACCUAUAACAUGGUCCUGUGACAUAGAUAUUAAGACCACAAGUUGUAGUGAGGCUACAAUUAUAUUCAUCUGUCUUGGCUUUGCAACAUAAUUUAGAAAGCACGUAUAGUUGUUUUUUAACCAAGUUACAUACAAUCUCAUGUACUGAUUUGAGACUUAUAACAGUUUUUGGAGGGGGCAUAGAGAAAGGAGUGCCUACAGUUGAGGCACGACUCCCUCCAUUCAGACCUCUAACUGUUGCCUGAGUACACAGAUGUGCCCUGAUUUCUGGCCCAUUGGCCAUAGUACUGUGCCUAAUCAAUGUAAUAGGUUUAUUUUCCCAAUCCUCAAACUAAAAAUGUUCAUAACAAGAUGAAUUGUAGACUAGUAACAUUUGAUGCUUUUAAAUAUUUGCUUCUUUUUAAACAAAAACUAAAACCCAGAAGUGAAUUUUUAGGUGGAUUUUUAAAUAAAAAAGAUUGAUUGAGUUUGGUGUGCAAGCUGUUUUAUAAUGAAACCACAAAAUAAAAUCUAAAAUCACUGAAAUGUGCCUAAACUAUCAAAACACACAAUACAGCUAAUGUGUAAAGAUACUAAAUUCUGUUACUUGGAGGAUGAAUAUAUUUAAGAUUUAAAACACAAAUACAUGAUUAAUUCAAAAACAAAAAUCUUUACAGCUGCCUAUCAGAAGGGUCUAAAGCACUUAGUGAAUGUUUUUAGUCUAACUUAUCAUUAACUUUUUACAAGUCACCAUAUUUAAAGAUCUGUAGCACUCUGAUUUUCAGAAAAUUUUUCAUUCUGAAUAAUUUAAGAAUGGUGGUGUAUUAGGCAGUUUGCUUUAGAAAACUAAAUCACAUUGAACAUUGUAUUAGAGAAUUAAAUUAAAAGUUUCUUACAGAGCAGUAUUUUCCAACAUUUUUAGCACUAGAAUCUUUUUAGAUGAAAUUUUAUGUAUAACCCCAAUACAUAAAGCCUGAAAACUCAAUUUUAUCAAUAUAGAUGUAUUUUGGGUUCACGUUUAUGCGUACUCAUUUUGGCUCAUUACUAAGCAUAAUAAGAUUCUGAGUUAUUUCUGAAUAACACAAAUGUGGAGUUAUACAUAGUUGAUGAAACCAGCAGCCAAUUUAUAGCUAUGCUCUGUUUUAUUUGUAUACUAUCAAGAAAAUUUUGAUUCUCACAAAUGUAAGCAAAAAUAAUAGAUUUUAAACAUACAUCUCAGGAAAUUCUUUAAUUAGACAUAGCUAAAGUUAUUCAAGGUCUAUACAAAGAUAAAUUAUCCUGGUAGUGGAAGUUAAUACAUAAGUAGUCUCCAGUGUGGUAAAGUAGGGUAUGUAACACAUCAGAAUGUGCAUUUUUAUUAAGUUUUAAAAUAUGCACAUAUAAAAACUAAAUUUGAAUCAAACCCUUUUAACUCACCUCCAAGAAGCUAGACUUUGGCCAGAAAUGGGCUAAAAACCACUGGUUAACCAUGUGACAGUUAGGAUGUUGGAGAUUGGAAAUCUUUCUUCCACAUUAGAGUUCUUUACCUUAAUUCCUUAUUCUGAAAAAUUGUAAGAUUUUAUGAAGGUUUGAAUACCAAAGCACAGUUCUGCUUUCAAAAAUUAAAAUUCAAACUUGAAAAAGCUGUUUAACCCAUGGAAGAUAUCAUUUAGUAAGAUGUAAAAGAUUUUUUAAAUCUACACUUCAGUUUAUACAUCUUUAUCAUUAUCAAUACUAUGUAAGUUACUGUGAGCAUUUUAGAGAAUUCCAUAAAGGUACUAUGAGUGUGUCUGUAUGUGUGUGUAUAUAUAGCAUUGUAUUUAAUCAUAGACUAAAUUUAAUUUGAUAUAGAAGUACUACUUUACUUGUACAUUAAGAUCAUAAUUUCUGCUGGACUCUUUUAUAUUUAAUUAAUGGGGAUUAUAGUCUUCCUUCAUAAAUGCAUUUAAACCGGAAAUUGAACACCAGUGUUUUUCUUUUUCUACUUAUGGGAAGUUGUCUGCUUCCCCCUUUAGAGAAAACAGUAUUUUUAUAUUUUGUUAAAAUAUUAACUACUUUAUGCCUACACACUAUGCUGUAGAUACUGAUCAUAAUUCUUGGGUGUUCACAAACACUCCUAGUGCCUCUUUUUUGGCCCGUUGAAAGUGUUGGUAUUACUACUUUCACUACAGAGCCUUUGGCCCUCUAAUAAUGCUGAGGUGAGCUGAUCCUUCCUAUUUCUGUCUUCGGGUCAUUCUGGUAGGUCUUCUCCUCCACUGUCAGAUAAGCAAUCAGGUCCGUGACAGGGAUUGGACAUAUGAACAAAUUAAGUGGAUACACACAGUGAGAGAGAUACAUGCAUUCUAUGGUAACAGCUACUGUCAAUAACAUCUGAUGUUACGUGCACAUUUAUAUAUAUACAAUUUUAAAAACUGGACUAUGAGAGGCCAUGGUAUAAAUGAAUAUUGUAGAUGUCAUGGACUUGAUAUGAUAGAAAUCAGUUGUCAGCUUGAGAAAGUUGUUUUUAAUCUGUCUAAAUAGUUUAUGCAUUACUACAGUUAAAAAUAAUUUCGUUUGUCUUCUAUAGACUUAAUUUUAUUCCGGUUCAGUAUAAUCUCUGUUAACAGAGUUUCAGCAAACUGAUUGGUCAAGGUAUUAACAUAGCUUCUACUUCCUUUACUUAAAAAGAUGUGGUUUUAUGUAAGUUCUUGAUUACUGAUGAUCAUCCCAAAUUUUGACAACAAAAUCAUAUGUAUAAAUUUAUUUUUCCCCUCUUGCUCAUCAUCUUUUGUAAAGGUCCCAUUGUAGAUCUUUUCUGCUACCAAAUAAAACUUUUCAAACAA